AUGGUCUGUCCCCAGUUUGCAGGUAUUUUAUGCAAAAAAUGUGAUAAUGGAUGGCAAUACUUUUGGAAAACAAACAAAUGUUAUUUGUCCACAUCAAAUACAACGAAUUGGAGCUAUGCCGAAUUGGAAUGUCAAGCCCGUUAUGCACAUCUUGUGACCAUCAACGACGAUGAUGAGAACAAUUUUAUAAGAGCAACAGCAACAUUUUCAGGCCUUGAACCGGCAUAUAAUCAGACGGCUAGAUGCUUAAAAAUGAAUAUAGAAAGUGGUGAAUGGUAUCCAGCUUCCUGUUUCCUCAGUUCUUUGCCGUAUAUUUGUGAAAAAGCUGCAGAUGUGGGAAAUCUUCCUAACAGAAAAUGGUUUAAACCAGCCAAAACAACUGCAGAAAAAUGUGAAUUUGGUUGGACAUAUUUUGAACAAACAAACUAUUGUUACUAUUUCGUGAAAAAACCAAAAACUUGGGAACAUGCAAACAGUUUCUGUCAGAAGAAAUCUGCUCAUUACGCGGCAUCUAAGGGUUUCCAAAUUCUAUGGAUCGGAUCAGCAUGGUUUCACCAAGAUGAUUAUGAGAAUAAUGAUAGAAGCCCAUUUGAUUAUUCUAAUUGGGGAAAAAGUAAGGAAUAG